GUGUGCUGCCCACAGUGCUCCGGGCUCUAGCGGCCAUGGGUCGCUCCCGCCGGACCGGCGCCCACCGCGCGCACUCCCUGGCCCGCCAAAUGAAGGCCAAGCGGCGCCGGCCGGACCUGGAUGAGAUUCACCGUGAGCUGCGGCCCCAGGGUCCCGCUCGGCCCCUGCCCGGCCCGGACGCCGAGCCCGACCCGGACCUGCCAGGAGGCGGCCUGCAUCGCUGCCUGGCCUGCGCGAGAUACUUCGUGGAUUCCGCCAACCUCAGGACCCAUUUUCGAUCCAAAGACCACAAGAAAAGGCUGAAGCAGCUGUGCGUGGAGCCCUACAGUCAGGAAGAGGCAGAGAGGGCAGCGGGCAUGGGCUCCUAUGUGCCCCCCAAGCGGUUGCCAGUGCCCACAGAGGUGUCCACUGAUGUCCCAGAAAUGGACACCUCCACCUGACAUGAUCUGAGGCGUCAGGGCAGCAGCCCGUGGACAGUGUUGAAAAGACUGGGCUGGGAGAGACUGACCCAACGUGACCCAGGGUUUGGGGAACGGAUGACCUCUUUGGGUGCCAUGUCCAAUAAAGGAGCUAGACAAAGAA